GGUGGAAGAAUUGGAAAAGCAAGUGAUGAAACAAAGAGAAGUUGGAGUGAUAUACAAGAAAAGAAUGGAAAGAACACAAGACUACUUAAGAUACUGUCUUCAGACAGCACAAGAAAAUGGAUUAUUGGAUCUCUUUCUGAGCUGCAAUGGUGAAUUUCAACCAUCUCCAGUCUCUCUUCACUCCAUUACCAGCCCUCAAGCUCAUGCCCACCACCCCAAUCUAUCACUCAUUAUUCAUCAAGCUAAAACCAAUGGCUGGUACAUUCAUCCAAAUGAGAUUAAAUUGGAAGAAAAAAUUGGGGAAGGAAGCACCGCAGAGAUUCACAGAGGAACAUGGCGUGGAUUUGAGGUCGCAGUGAAGUGCAUUUCUGAAGAGUUUUUCCGUAUAAACGAAAACGGCGUCGUUUACUUCUCUCAGGAACUCGAAACGCUGUCGCGGCAACGCCACAGGUUCGUGCUUCAGCUCAUGGGCGCGUGCAUCGAACCUCCACAGCACGCGUGGGUGGUCACCGAGUACCUGAGCACCACGCUGAAGGAGUGGCUCCAUGGACCUGGGAACCGGCGCAGUGAGCGGAUGGUGCCACUCCCACCCUUGCAGGAGAGAGUGGGCCGGGCCUUGGAAAUAGCCCAAGCUAUGCAGUACUUGCACGAGCAAAAGCCCAAACUGGUUCACCGUGACUUGAAGCCCAGCAACAUUUUUCUUGAUGACGCCCUGCAUGUUAGAGUCGCGGACUUCGGCCACGCACGGUUCUUGGGUGACGAAGAAAUGGCCCUCACCGGAGAAACAGGAACAUACGUUUACAUGGCACCAGAGGUAAUCCGAUGUGAACCUUAUAAUGAAAGUUGUGAUGUGUAUAGUUUUGGGAUCAUACUGAACGAGCUACUAACUGGGAAUUACCCUUAUGUUGAGACAGAAUAUGGUCCCACCAAGAUUGCCAUGGAAGUUGUGGAGGGUAAGCUUCGACCUAAGCUUCCAUGUGAUGAUGAUGUUGAUAAACUCGGAGAGCUUAUUGACCUUAUUUGUCUUUGUUGGGACCCAAAUCCUACUACUCGACCAUCCUUUGCAACAAUCACCAUUUCUCUCAAAACUUAUGUUAAGGAGAAUCUCAUUUAAUCUAAGGUUUAUUACAUAUAUUUAAAUAUUAAUUACCAUCGUUGUCACCAUUGUCUUGUUACCUUAAUCUGUCAUA